GGUUCUAGCGUGAACAAGUGUUUUGACUGUUAAAUAUCGCCUGUUCAUUUUUUAAUUAUCUCGAAAUUGGUCUACAACGAAAACAAUAUAAUUUAACAUUUUUUCGCGUGACAAAUGUAGUUGUAGUUUUGAUGAUUUCAAGUGAUAAAGUGGGUGUAAAAUGUUCAAUAAAAAAAGAUCAGAAACGAGAAAAAGUGCAAAGUUCUGCAAAUUGGAGGAGUUGGUUCUGCCGAAUUCUAAAUUAAAAUUUUGUCCCGAUCAAUUGCAAAAUUUAAAUUAUAUCAUUCAAAAAAGAUUGCAAGAAAAAGUUGUACCAGACAAAUCACUGUUGCUUGCAAGAUCUGUAAGCGAGAGACUGGUACAAAGAUUAAUGUGCUGCGCUGGAAUGCUAGACCCCAGAUUUUCUUCAAAAUAUUUAAUUUCUAACAAUCAACAUAAAAAUAUGGCUUUUUCUAACAAACUAGAAUAUAUAAUGAGGUUAGAUUGUUUAUCUUUGCCUACAUUGUACCAAACAGAUCAGAAGCCAAAGUAUUCUAUAACAGAAUCUGAGCCGGAAUAUCCACCAGGUUAUGCAAGAAUCAAAUUGCAUACGUCUACGUAUAAAAUUUGGGGAGAUUUCACAAAUUCUCAAGGAUAUUUACGGAGAGAUAAAGUUCAGGCAAGAGUAGUUGAAUUACUUGCAAUAGCAGCUUCCAAAGACGUUCCAAGUUCUCCUCUGCAUGUAGACGAAUCUGUUUUGUGUGGUAUACCAGGAAAAGUUGUAAAUUCUUUCACACUUUAUAAUCUUUUGAAAAUCCCACCUGAUAAACAUGUCUACUAUGGACCAGGUGGGAAUGUUCCUAGAUUUCCAGAUCCGAGAGAUUUUAGACUGGCUAUCGUAGAUGAACCGAGUGGAAUUCGAUUGAAAAUUGAAUUUUUAUCACCAGCUUUAUCAAAUAUAUCUAUAGAUGUAACGAUACUUGUAGCUAUUGGAGUAGAUACUUGGUCGGCUUCUACGGAUUUUCCAGGGAGAAUAGCCUUAGGACACUCAGAUUGCUUAUUAUAUCACCAAGCAGCAGAGACAGGAACUUAUUUGGUUGGUUUUGGUGUACAUUCUUCAGCUUGGCAAUUACGAGUGCCUGCAGCUGAAGAAGUGAUACUAUCCCAUUAUGGUCCUAAUAGUACUGUUAAAACUAUAUUAGACAUGUUAUAUCUUAUUUUGGAAGAUAUUGAUAGCAAUAGGGGCUCCAAAAGACAUCAAAUUUCCUAUAGAAUUCUAACCAAAUAUAUGCUCUUAACAGUAUUAUUAGAAGAACUUGAAAACUGCUCAAUAAAUCCGAUAACUGAUAUGAUAACGUGGGCUCCAACGUAUUUAUCUACCCAUUUGUUGAGAAUAUUGGAUAAGAUAAUUGCUAAAUUAUUCCAAGAAAAGCAACCGAACUACUUUUUCAAAAAAUCCAACUUAUUGGUCAAUCCUGGUCAUCUAAACGAUGACGAUUUUGUUAUUGAAUCUAAUAACGUCAAAGUUGUUAUUGCUCGACUUUUUGACGAAUCUUUGAUGUCUACUAGAGGAAACGAAGAGUUUCACAGAACAAUACAGGCUUUGGAAAGCGAGAUGAUUCUACUUUAUAAAUGGAAAGAUUUAGUUGAGAGUCUACUUCCUCCGCCUGGAACAAGAGGGAGGAGGUUCUGUUUUGCUGGUUCAAAGAAUCAACGAGAAAUUGUAGACACUCAAUACACAUUAAGGCAGCUAGAGUAUAUUGGAAUGGUACUGAAUAAAAUAUUAAGCAUCAAACAAAAUACUAUGCAGGUGAACCACGCUAUAGAAGAACUUUUGAGCUCCAAAGAUUACCGUCAGGAGCAUCCUCUAGAGGACAUAAUAUUCAUCUUAGUAACAAUAAUGGAUCAGGCACGAGAUCAAUUCUUAACAGCACAAACCAAUCCGGCAAUUUUAAAAAACAGAUUAAAAAUAAAAAGUAAUUAUAACAGCCACACAUCAAAACUAGUAGAUAUUAUGCGAAAAGAUAAAGAAUUAGUAUCUUUAGUAACUUUUGAGGACGAUUUAUCGUUGGUAAGAACCAUCUUGAAAUGGUUAUAUAGAGGAAUGGACCAGAGUAAAAGAUACCUUGGACCAAUUUUAAGACCGUAUUUGAGUAAUAUAUUCUCCACAUCUCACGCCAUCUCUUGGCAUUUGGAGUCUAUCAAAGAAAGAAUGAGCGAGGACGAGCUAACGGCAUUGGGAUCAUUUGGAGAGUUGGUUAAUAGUGGUAAAAUAACCCCAGCACAAGGAUUGAUAGAUUCUGUGAAUAAAAAUUGGACAUGGGCGAAAAGUAUGUUGAAUAUGGUGGAAAAGAAUACACUUAGAGUUAUAUUUAUAUCUGAUAGAGGAAAAGUUUAUAGACAUAUUCUGUCGUUGCCUUCAUAUCAAAAGAAAAAUGUAGAGAGCGGAAGUAAAACUUUGGGAUCUCCUAGCGAAAAAGCGGAAAUUAAGAAACAGAAAACUUUACCAAACAGGAGUUAUUUCAGCUCAAUAUUGAUCGAAAAAUCUAGACCGGAAGAGGAAGAUGCAUUACCACAACACGAAAAUUUGAAAACCACAAGUUCAUAUAGUUUAAUUUUAAAUAAAAAGCACAGAAGAGGAGAGCAUAGAGGCAGUGGAGAUAUAUUCAAAGCCUUAACUUCAAUGCAAAAAUUGAGCUUAUUCCAAGAAGUGGCAUCGAAUUUACCAAAUGAAGAGAGACUAGAACUUCUAGAAUUGAUUCAAAGUAUACAAACGUCUAAAGCUAGACGAUCUGUUGGUAAGAGAUGGUCUGGAACGUUGCCACAAGUUCAUCAAAAAUCAAAAACAAUAUCAAAGGAGUCAUUUCAAAAAUAUACGCAAAAAGAAGAAAGUGCUGGAAUAAGAGUGAAGGACGAAGAACAUUCUAAGAAGAAUGUAGAAUCUGUUAAAAAGACAAGUGAUUUGCUGGCAAGUUGUAGAGCGGCAAGAAUACGCGAAGACAGCGGCGUUUUUUAUUUAAAUGAUAGUUUUAAAAUAAAAUCUUUAUUAAAUAAGAGUGACUCUUUUAAAUAUUAGAUGUUACUUAAAAGUAUGAUACAUUUUGAUAAUUAGGAAUUUAACAUUUAUAUUAAUAUUUUUUAACAAAUUGAGUUUUGAUGUAAAAA